CGCCGAUCUGCCGGCUGGAUCUUUCAUUUCAUCUUCAAAUUUAUAUUUAUUUCACUAGACUCGCCUUCUAUAUUCCUAGGUAGACCUAAUCCGAGGAAAGAAAUGGUUCCUCAUAACCGCCCUCGGCCCCGAAUCACCUUCUGGAUGCGCGUCCGCCGGUUCAUCUAUACCUUCGAGUCACCUCUCCGCCUACGUGGCACUCUGAUCCGCCUCAGCCACCGACAUAAGUAUCCCAUCCUCGCAUUACUGCGCCUCUUGCUACCUCUACCAACAUGGCACUUUCGGGUCCCAGAACCAGUACCUUUAAGAAUAAUGCUGAACAAUAUCCCCCUUCUGGAGUCUCGGAUGGCCUCCGCAGAUCUCACUAACAUGCGCUCUGUGCCUAUCUGGCGCGCAAGAGAUACUCCUAUCCGUUCACUGUACCGACUUUACGAAGCCAUGGCGGCGCGUGAGUAUUACGCCAUAGGGCCAGAGGUCGAGUAUUUCUGGUAUCAGCGGUCCUGGACACUCUGCUGUGUGCCGGACCCGCGCGAUCCCGACCCCGUGCGGUACGCGAUCCUUGCUUGUAUCACCGAGGAGCUAGCCAAGGCGUUUAACUGGCGGUUAAGUUUGGGCAUGCGGCGUGAUAGACGCAAACAUGUUUAUCGUAAGACCCUUGACGAAGUGCUUCCCUCUUACACACCAGAAACCGCUCCUACCUGGACUAAGAGCGUGCCCGCAAUCGAUAUCGAGUUGAUUGCGGACUUGCCAGAUGAUGCGCUCGACGCAUCAGGCAGACUAGUACUGGAAGCAGGCGGAAAGAGCCCCGUAUUUGCCGAGAGAAAUAUUGUAACUGAUACUGGUCACUUCUACACGGUUUGAAGCCUGUCAGGAGC